CAAGACAACGUCAAAUGCAUCGAAACUGUCCUCGACGAUAGUAAAUAAUUUAUUAAAAAUGUUCUCACUCCAAUAGACAUGUUCGAGUGCGCUUUGCGCCAAUUGUGUUUGACGGCAGUCGCUCGCAAGCAGGUGCGUUGUGCGCGCGUGCGGUUAUUCAACAACUGAUAAUAACAACGCGAUUGUAUACUCAGCGUCGAGUUACAAAUAAACGGACUCAACCCGUAAUCUUGCCCACUGUGCUGUGUACGACAGGACCAAUGAAGAUGACAGUGAAUCGAAUAAGAGUUGUGGUGCUGGGUAGCGCACGUUGCGGUAAAUCGGCUGUGGUGGUUCGUUAUUUAACGAAACGAUACAUCGGGGAAUAUAGUUCGACAGGCGAUUUCCGGUAUCAACAUCGGGUGGCAUUCGAUGGAGUCACAUCAGAAGUAGAAGUUUUGGAUACAUGCGGAUGUGCAAAACGCGGUUGCCUAGCGGAACAUCUACGAUGGGGCGAUGCAUUUGCUAUCGUGUAUUCAGUGUGUGACCGGAGGUCAUUUGCCGCUGCCGCUGAGCUGCUUGCUCUACUGGAGAGGACCAGGUUGCCAGGCUGUACCGCCGUCACAUUGCUGGGAAAUAAAAGGGACUUAGAGCAUGCAAGAGUUGUCAAAGCAGAAGAGGGCCAGGAAUUAUCGCUACGGUUCGGAUGUCAAUUCUAUGAGGUGUCUGCGGCUGAAUCGUCCGCAGGUGCGGCGCUCGCUUUUCAAGCAUUGCUCCGUGAGGCGCGCGCUAUAGCACUGCUGUUACCAACACCUCGACGGAAACUAGCCGCUUACUCUGUCUCGAAGGUAAUCGGCUCAAUUCUUGGACUAAGCAAUAAGAGUGUGAGGAAGAAACGGCCAUCACUCAGCAUAUGAUGCGUUUUCGUACAAGUUUUGGAUCCGUUUGUUUACUCCGUGGUGGAGUUUUCAUUUUUUUUUUAUAGCAUCAGUAAGGUGUUCUUACUUACAUUUGAUGCAUGAUGAGAUAUGAGCAGGCAGAAAUGGUCUAAAAGGGGAAAGAGUUUGUGGUGUCUAAAUAUUGUCUUGUAGGCAGGUUGCUGGAUUGUGUUUACAGAUUGUAUUAUCAAUGACGUUUUUAUUCGCCUAAUGUUUUUGUUUUGAAAUGAUUAUUUUUAAGAAAGUUUUUGUUUAUAAUUUGUAGUGUACCAUUAUUUUAUCCUUUACUCUUUCAAAAUGGCGUCGCAGUGCAAUGCAAUUUUUUUUUGUCAAUGCGUAAAUAGUGCGACUGAAGAUGGUUAAGUACUUGUAAUAAUUUUUGAUACUUCUAGUUGUAGUAGUUAUUACUUUUAGCAUUCACAAAACAAUGACGAUUUAAAUUAUAGACUGAUUUUUUAUAAGUACUUAUCUUUUUUUUCACAAAGAUUCGUUAAGAAGAUAAAAGUGUAGUAGAAUGUCAUUGUGGUGAUAUAUAGUUAUAAGUAGAUUAAUUAUUCAAGUUCUUUUAUCUUCAGGUUUUAUUAUAUUGUAGAUUUUCUAGUAUAUAUAAAUAUUUGAAAAGUAUAUAACAUAUAUGUUAUAUUUGGUUGCUUUUUUCAAGAAACAAAAUAUAUCUAAAGUGUGUUCAAUUUCCUAAUAUUUUUAUGUAAUAACAGAAAGUAGUGUUUUUUUAUUAAGUUUCUAUAAAAGUUUCAAUAAAAGAUACAUAUAUCUGUUCGACUUUUGUAUAUCCAUAGCUAAUUUAAACUAAGAUCGAUCUUGAAAAAUGUAUGACGUAUGAUUAAUGAUGAACGAUUAAUGAGGCACUCGUACUUAAAUUAACUGUACAUAUUAAGUGUACUAUAAAUUCAAGUAAUAUGAAAUAAGUUGGCGAAAUUUUAAGAUAUUUCUUAUUUUGUCACGUUUAGUUGUUGAUCAAAUGGUAGUUAGUCGAUUUUUAUACUGAUGUUACUGUAUACCAUAAAGAAAGAUUGAUUACAAAACUUUCCGUUUAAUUUAUUUGUUUAUUUUAAAUUAUUUUUAUUACAAAGUUUCUGUAAAGUCAAGUUUGAUUUUUUUUUCAUUUGAAUUGUCACGAUGAGUAGUUUACUUGACAAUUGAUUUGUGUCAGAUAAAGAGUAGAACUUAAAUAUUAUCAUAAUAUUUAUGUAUAAAAAUUUCUUUUUGAAUAAAAUUAUAAAAUGUGAUAUAAUAAAACUUUUUUUACAAUUAAAUUUAAAAAUGUUUAAAAGUCAUUUAUGAAGUAUCUCUUUAAAGAGAUAAGAUUGCCCUAAAUAGAUUAUUGUAAAUUGGAGGCCUUAAUUAAUAAUAGUCUGUUAAUGAAAUAUAAUAAGUAUACAUAUGAUGUCGUGUUUAAAAAUAUACUGCAAACUUUUUUAUUUAUUAAUUGUGCAUGACUGCACCUGCGGUUUGCUGAAAAAGGCACGUAUCAUCAAAGACUCCAUAAGGAUAUUUGGUUUUAUUAAUUUAUAGGGAAGUAGAAAAAAGUACUAAAAACAUGAAAUUGUUUGUAUUAUUUGUAAUAAAUUUACUGCUGUAACCUUUUGAAGGAAACAAUAAAGAGUCAAUCAAUCUAUAAAAACUUAAAUUUACUUAUAUAAAACUGUUAGUUAGAUAAACUUGACAAAGUCCUCGUAUUUGUAACCAUUUUUAAAUACUACACAUUUAUAAAUUUUGUGCCAUUAUAAUACAUAAUCUUGUUAAGUUUUCUACAUUAUGUAUUUGUAAUCUUUGUACAUAAAUAAAUAUUUUAAAACCAA